GGAGGGAGCCGAGGGAGAGAGGCGCGGUCCCCUCCCCGCCCCCAGGCCGCCGCCCCCCGCCUGCCCUCGGCGGCGAGCUGCGCGCCGCGACCCGGGCCGGAGGUGCGAGGGCCGAGGGGCGGCCGGGCGGGCGCGCAGCAUUCCCGCGGGCGGCGCGGAGCCGGCGACAGCGCGCGAGCCGAGCCGGACCGGGCGGCGGCGGCGGCGGCGGCGGGACCGGGAUGGAAGGGAGCGCGGUGACUGUCCUUGAGCGCGGAGGGGCGAGCUCGCCGCCAGAGCGCCGGAGCAAGAGGAGGCGCAGGAGCGGCGGCGGCGCCCGAGCACCCGAGGGGGUCCGAGCCCCGGCAGCCGGCCAGCCCCGCGCCACAAAGGGAGCGCCCCCGCCGCCCGGCACGCCGCCUCCCUCCCCAAUGUCCUCGGCCAUCGAGAGGAAGAGCCUGGACCCGUCUGAGGAGCCAGUGGAUGAGGUGCUGCAGAUCCCCCCGUCCCUGCUGACAUGUGGAGGCUGCCAGCAGAACAUCGGGGACCGCUACUUCCUGAAGGCCAUCGACCAGUACUGGCACGAGGACUGCCUCAGCUGUGACCUCUGCGGGUGCCGGCUGGGCGAGGUGGGCCGGCGCCUCUACUACAAACUGGGCCGGAAGCUCUGCCGCAGAGACUAUCUCAGUGAAGUCUCAGCAAACCAGAUCCGGAAGGGGCUGCAGAGGCCUUCUCUUCCAGUUGUCUUAAGACACAGAAGCCAGGGCGGAGGAUGUCAUUGGCGCUGGGGCACCCGGCUCCUUAGAGGUGAUGCUGGGACCAGAACUUGUCUCUGAAAUGUGAGUCCUUCGUCCUUCCCUUCACUAGCUGCCUGAUGUGCGUUGUAAUUUACCCCCGACUUCCCUUUAAUAAACGCUCUCCUCCCGUAAGGGUCACACGCCCCAGGCACUCGGCUUCGUUCCACGCACACUGUUUUGUGAGUCGUUUAUCCUCACCCGGGCCCAAACUCAACUUACUGAAAUCAGAACUGUCUAUCCACUCCGUGACCUCCAAGGUGGCAGUUCCCUGCAGCUCUACCAUCUGCUGCCUUGGGAUAAGAUGUUCUCCCCCAGUAAUGAGUUUGCUCCCAGGUGGUGCCUUGAAAACACUCAGAGCUCUUCAAAUGGAAAGCGGGAUUCAGAGGUAAAUUAGCUGGCCCGGUGGUAACCCACAGACCACGUCUUCCUGGUUCCAUUAAUUUUCUCAUGUAUUUCAAAAUUUGUCAACUGCCCUCAUCUCCCCUACGACCUCUCAGAACGUACCACCUUGAUUCUCUGCUAUUCUGAAGUUAAUAAGAACUUCCAAGAAGAACAGGCAUUCACCUAAAACCGCCCUGAAGGUUUCCUGUGGAAAGGACCUGCUGACAUGUCACGUAAUCAGGCGUGUGGGAAAAUGACUGCUGGCAGCAAGACUGGCCCCUUUGGGAAUACCCCCAAGGUGUGUUCAAACCCAGCUGGCGUUGGCUUCGCCCUUGAGCAUUGCGCUUUGACAUGCUGUGUUGCGUCCUUUAACAGCUGGUGAGGUAGAAGCUAUGAUCACUGCCAUUUUACAAGCUCAGAGGAAUCAGAGGUCUCACCAGGGUCACUCAGGUACUGAACCCGAGUCUUCUGAUUCCAGUGCUUGUGUUAUCCUACACUUGUGGGGGAUUCUCAAAAUUCAGCCUGCAUCAGAAUCACCUGGCUGUGCUCAGGACCACACAAACGACUGGGCCUCACCUGCAGGGUCUCAAUCAGGAGACACUGAUUGUGGGGACUUCCCUGGUGGUGCAGUGGUUAAGGAUCCACCUGCCAAUGCAGACGACACAGGUUCGAUCCCUGGGCCUCGGAGAUCCCACAUGCCGCAGAGCAACUAAACUCCUGCGCCACAAAUACUGACCCUGUGAGCCACAACUACUGAAGCCCAUGUACUUAGAGCCUGUGCUCCGCAACAAGAGAAGCCACCGCAAUGAGAAGCCUGCACACUACAAUGAAGAGUAGCCCCCGCUCACCACAACUAGAGAAAGCCCAUGUGCAGCAACAAAGACCCAACGUAGCCAAUAAAUAAAUAAAUAAAAUAAAUUAAAAAAAAGGAGACAUUGAUUGUGCACCGAGUGUGCAUUUCUAACCAGGUGAUUCAGAUACGGCUGUUCCCAGGACCACACUCUAAGAACCACUGCACUAGGCUCCACUAUACUGCAUCUUCCACUUUGACACUGAAUAUUGCUUAAAAUAAGCGACCAGUCACCUGAGACUUAGGAGAGUCUUGAUUUCAAUGUCAGAAGACGACACUGCGUGUCUUCGGUCGAACUCCCUCUGUCUCCCAGAAGCUGGGGUCCCAGCAAACAGUCAUGUGGAUAUGGCCUUUGCACCUUUGGAGGAAUUCAGGACCAACCUUCCCCGUGGGUGGAAUUUGUGGCUGUUGAUGUGAUAGAAUUUGGGGAGCCUCAGAAAGAUACCCAUGUCAUUGCAUUCGUGGUCAGUUUCUUCUCAAAGGGGCCCCAAGGGUUUACUCCUGCUCCCCUUCUAAAAUGAAUUUUCCUCUGGGAGGAGACACACGAUCCAUGCCUAACCUCUUAAAUCACUUCAGCCGAGAGUCUUUUCCACAGAGCUGGGGCCCGGGGCAGCUUAGAGGCGUGGGGAGUGGUGGCUGCAGGCAGGGAGAGAGCGCAGAAAGGGGAUGAGUUAUGUCAAACACAAACGCCACAGAGGCGGUUUCAUCCCAGACGACCCUCCUCCUUCUAGGAGAGACUAUGUACGAGUCGGCCCUCUGUCUGGACCCAGCUCUUCCUUGCUUCCCGACAUCUUGGAAAUCCAGCCUACAUCAUGGAGCCCAUCCUCAGGCCCUUUCUUCCAGAAUUGUCUCUGCCACUGUCUUUUUUAGCUUUUCUCUCUUGCUCCCCCUAGGCUCUUUGGCCAAGAUGGUCUCUGCGCGUCCUGUGACAAGCGGAUCCGUGCCUACGAGAUGACAAUGCGGGUGAAGGACAAAGUGUAUCACCUGGAAUGUUUCAAAUGUGCCGCCUGUCAGAAGCAUUUCUGUGUGGG